CAGAGCUCAUGGCUGUCACACGCAGACGCACACAGUGAAGAAACCCUCCAAGUGAGUCAACAACAAGGUCUCCUUACCGGCCAUGGGAAUCUAACCAGCGGCUUUUAGGCUACUGUGUACCAGUGAGGGACGGUUUGGUCCAGAGGAUCGUUUAGAGUCAGUAUGAAGACUGUGGAACCUCUUGGAGUGAUAAAGAUCCUUGUUGUGCUGGUUCUGGUCACCUCAAGCUACAGUCUACAGAGAGCCCCUCGUAUCAUCACCUUACUAGAGACAGUGGAUGUGCUGCUGGAUCACAAUGCCUCCUUCAUCUGUGAGGUGCAGUCACGACCUCCUGCUGACGUCAUGUGGACCAAGAACAACCAGCCGAUCAUGUACGACCCCCGCUACAUAACCAAGGAGCAGGGCCAGAUGCUGAUCGUCCCUCAUGUGAGAGAAUCAGAUAACGGGGAAUACUGCUGCCUUGCCAAUAACGGGAUCGGAGAGUCGGCCAAGAGCUGUGGAGCGCUGCAGCUCAAGAUGAAACCCCAGAUCAAACGCCAUCCCACCAACCUGACGCUUCUGCUGGAGUCCAAAGCCGUGCUGCCCUGCGUGACGCUCGGAAAUCCCAAACCAGAUGUCACCUGGAUCAAAGAUGACGAGCUCAUUAAGAUCACUGACCGCGUGACCAUCCUGGACUACGGUGCGUUGAAGAUUCACAACAUCCAGAAGGACGACGCAGGGCAGUAUCGCUGUGUGGCCAGGAACAGCUUCGGUUUGGCCUUUUCAAAGCCGGUCACUAUCGAGGUUCAGGCUCCGGCUCGAAUCCUGCGGGUUCCAAAAGAGAAGAGAGUGGCGUAUGGUAGCCAGAUCAGCCUGGACUGUAACGCCACGGGGAAUCCGAUACCCACCAUCACCUGGCUGGAAAACGGGAACACCGUUUCAGGUGCAUCCGUGGAGGAGACGCUGGUGGGGGAGGUGAUUCUGUCCGUUCUGAAGGUGACGGUGAACAAGCCGGCGCUGUUCACCUGCCUGGCGUCCAACAGACACAACGCCGGAGCCAACACCGUCAAAGCCACCGCAAGAGUCACCGUGGAAGAGUGGAGACUCUAUAAAGGUGUCACCGGCUACUGCAGCGCCUACCGUGGAGAUGUUUGCCGCAACCUCCUGCGAGACGAUUCGCUGGUUUUCUUUAACUCGUCCCUCUCGGACCCGGAGGACAUGCAGGAGUACCUGGUCCAGAGCUGGUCGGGGGAGCUGGAAGGAGUCAGCUCGACGUGCGGCCCGGCGCUGCGCUCGCUGCUCUGCCACGCCUCCUUCCCCGACUGCAACCCCUCAGGGUUAGGCCCGGCACCGAAACCCAUCUGCAGGGAGCACUGCAUGGCGGUGAAGGAGCUGUACUGCCACAAGGAGUGGUCGGUGCUGGAGAGCAGCAUUUUGUUCCAGCCGGGCCACUUCAGCUCCGGCAUCGGGCCCCACACUCCCAGUUCACUGCUGCCCAAAUGUCAGGCCCUACCCAGUCUCCGCUCCGACCCGGAGGCUUGCACAUAUGUGCCCUUUGUGGACAUCAAGAGAGAUCAAAUCACAACCACAUGUUACAAUGACAGAGGCCGUUUCUACCAAGGCAGCGUGAACGUGACGAGGUCUGGGAUCCCGUGUCAGCCAUGGAGCCAACAGGUUCCCCACCAGCACCGCCUGUCUGUGGAUGUCAUCCCCGAGCUGAGGAGCGCAGGCAGCCACUGCAGGAACCCGGGAGGAAUCAGCGACAAGCCCUGGUGCUACACCUCCAAUCCCAACAUACGCUGGGAGUACUGUUCCGUGCUGCAUUGUGGGGAGGCAGACACAGCACCAGUGACGAAGCCGGAGUCGCAGAGCCCCCGUCAGCCGGCUCGCCCCCCCCCCACCAGCCCGGUAUCGUCUCCAGCCUACUCCAUGUCUGUCAUCGUCAUCAUCCUCACCGGAGUGGCAGCUGCAAUCUUCCUCUUCAUCAGCAUCCUGGCCUGCCGCAGACGGAGGAAGCAAUUGAGGAACCGAAAGAGAGCGAUGGAGACGCCGACGCUGAGCGCUCUGCCGUCGGAGCUCCUGCUGGACCGACUCCACCCGAACCCCAUGUACCAGAGGGUUCCUCUGCUGCUCAACUCAAAGCUGCUGGCCCUGGAGUACCCGAGAAACAACAUCCAAUACGUGAGGGACAUCGGAGAGGGAGCCUUCGGACGGGUCUUCCAAGCCAGGGCCCCGGCUCUGCGGCCCAUGGAGACGUUCACCAUGGUGGCUGUGAAGAUGCUGAAGGAGGAGGCGUCGCCCGACAUGCAGAACGACUUCCAGAGGGAGGCGGCGCUCAUGGCCCAGUUUGACCAUCCCAACAUCGUGCGACUCCUCGGCGUGUGUGCGGUGGGCAAGCCGAUGUGCCUGAUGUUCGAGUACAUGGCCCACGGCGACCUCAACGAGUUCCUGCGCCGCCGCUCCCCGACCCAGUCGGUGCACACGCUGAGCUGCGCCAGCCUCUCGGGCCGCAGCUUCUCCACCGAGUCGGACGCGGGGCCGCUGGCCGGCUGCGAGCUGCUGUCCAUCUCCAAGCAGAUCGCCGCGGGCAUGGCCUACCUGUCGGAGCGCAAGUUCGUCCACCGCGACCUCGCCACCCGCAACUGCCUGGUGCGCGAGGAGAUGGUGGUGAAGAUCGCAGACUUCGGCCUCUCCCGGAACAUCUACUCGGCCGAUUACUACAAAGCCAACGAGAAUGACGCCAUCCCGAUUCGCUGGAUGCCCCCGGAGUCCAUCUUCUACAACCGCUACACCACCGAGUCGGACGUGUGGGCCUACGGCGUGGUGCUGUGGGAGAUCUUCUCCCACGGCAUGCAGCCGUACUUCGGAAUGGGCCACGAAGAGGUUAUUUACUACGUGAGGGACGGCCACAUCCUGUCCUGUCCCGAGAACUGUCCCCUGGAGCUGUACAACCUGAUGAGGCUCUGCUGGAGCUCUCAGUCGUCGGACAGGCCAAGUUUCUGCAGCAUACAUCGGAUAAUGGAGCGAAUGCAUCAGAACACGAUGAGCGUGAAUGCUGAGGCCGAGGCCGACUGCUGACCAGGGAGAGUCCUUCUGUACCGGGGCGGGAAAACGUCAUGUCGUGAUUUAGUGCCUGAAACUCGACUUAAAUGAGCUGUACACUGAAAACUGUGACUGAGCAGUUUUUAAUCUUCAGGAGGCGCAACCAAUCAGGAGACUUGUUAUUAACCAUAUCAUCAUAUAAUACCAUCGUCAUUUAGCUCCGACCCUGAGCACAUUGCCUUAAUGUGUAAAGACCUGAAACCACCAACGAUGCAGAUAUACCCCCCCCCCCCCGUUAAUCUGUACUUCAUCCAUUGCCUGUUCAGUUUUUUGGGAUAUUAUUCACUUUCAUAUCCGUCCCUCCUCCUGAUGAAGGUGUCACAAACGGCCCGACCACUGAACGAGUCAAGUUGUUCAAGUCGCCUCGAGCGAAUUCCACAGCGGCACACAAUCACUUUAAAACACUGAUGCUGGUUGUUUAGUAGAAAAAGUUACUAUUCCAGUUUUGGGCAUUAUUGAGAUAUAUAUUUUAUCAUUUUGUUGUUGAUCAUGUCUUUUUUCUUUGAUUUCAGAAAAAUCUACACAACCCUGACUGAAACAGACAUUUAAUUGUUUUAUAACUUCUUGGUUCCUUUCUUUAUAAUAAACUCUUCAGUAUCUAUAAAGAUUCUGCUGAACUUUUUGAAUUGGUUCUCACAGAGACUUUACUAGUCAGAUUAUUUCAUUGUUGUGUUCUGACACAAUUUGGUUCAGCAGUUUUUUAUUUGUUUCUUAAAUGUAUUAAUUAAUAUAUAAAUGUUGAUGUUUCCCUUCAGAUCAAUAACACGUUUUAUCUUCGUUUUUAAGUGUGGUGUAAUAUUAUGUUUUUGUUAUUUGUUAUGUUACAUA